CUCUGGUGUGGCCGGCGAUGACCGACGCGGUGCUGGGCGGCUCCUCUGACCGGUGGAUGUGCCCCAGCGACAGGACCAUGUCCCUCCGAGCCAGCAGCGAGAAGGAGCAGCUCCCGGCGGGAUGGGCGGCGCAGCCCGAGCGGCAGCGCAAGGGCGAGGAGCUGACGGACGAGGAGAAGGAAAUCAUCAACCGGGUGAUCGCCCGCGCCGAGAAGAUGGAGGAGAUGGAGCAGGAGCGCAUCGGGCGCCUGAUGACCCGGCUGGAGGACAUGCGCCGCAGCGUGCUGGGCGACGGCGUCAACCGCUGCAUCCUCUGCGGGGAGCAGCUGGGGACAAGGGGCUCUUCCUGCGUCGUCUGUGAGGACUGCAAGAAGAAUGUGUGCACCAAGUGUGGGGUGCAGACCACCAACAACCGUCCCCAGGCCAUCUGGCUCUGCAAGAUCUGCAGCGAGCAGCGGGAGGUGUGGAAACGCUCCGGUGCCUGGUUCUUCAAGGGUUUGCCCAAGCAGAUGCUGCCACAGCCGAUGCCCAUCAGCAAGAAGGGACCCCAGACCCCGAGCGAGCCCCGCCCGGCUGAGCCGCCCGCCCCCGACCCCAAACUCCCCUCCCGGGCACCCACCCGAGGCCAGGUGGAUGCCGAGGACACCGAGGGCACCGAGGGCACAGCGGCCGCCCGGGGGAGCCGCAGGGUGGCCGAGGGCAGGCCGGGUCCGUGUGGCAGCGAGGACACCGCUGGGGACAGCGACAGCCGGGACUACGCUGAGAGCGUCGUCAGCAGGAGCCCAGGUGUGAAGAGAACCAACUCCGUGCAAGGCCAGCGGCCACCCCCGCCGGCCACCGCUGCAGCCACCGCUGGAUCUGCCCCGGCAGCGGCGGCACCCGCAGCAGCAGCAGCAGCAGCAAGGCCAGGUCCUGGGGGUCCCACCCGUUUCCCGGACAGACAAGCAAGCCCCCCAGAGACGGCCCGUGGAGCUGCCAGGGAGGAGCGGGGAGGGGGUUUGGCUGCACCCCCCGGCAGGGAGGAGAGGCCGGGCUGGCAGCCCCCUGCCCCCAGCCAGCCCCAGCCUGCAGCCCCGGCUCCGCAGAGGCAGCAGCAGCCCCGAGAGGAGGAGGAGGAGGAUGCCAACAGCUACGACUCAGAUGAAGGCACCACGCUGGGAGCUCUGGAGUUCAGCCUGCUCUACGACCAGGACAACAGCUCCCUGCACUGCACCCUCAUCAAGGCCAAGGGCUUAAAACCAAUGGAUUCCAAUGGCCUGGCUGAUCCCUAUGUGAAGCUGCACCUCCUGCCUGGAGCCAGCAAGUCCAACAAGCUGAGGACAAAGACGCUGCGCAACACUCGGAACCCGGUGUGGAACGAGACCCUGGUGUACCACGGCAUCACCGACGAGGACAUGCAGAGGAAAACCCUCAGGAUCUCCGUAUGUGAUGAGGACAAAUUUGGCCACAACGAGUUCAUUGGAGAAACCAGAGUUGCCUUGAAAAAACUCAAAGCCAACCAGAAAAAGAACUUCAACAUCUGCCUGGAGAGAGUAAUACCAACGAAGCGUGCCGGAACGACCGGCGCAUCCCGUGGGAUGGCUCUGUACGAGGAGGAGGUGGAUCGCGGCGGGGACGUGGAGGAGCGGGGGAAGAUCCUGGUGUCCCUGAUGUACAGCACCCAGCAGGGCGGGCUCAUCGUGGGCAUCGUGCGCUGCGUGCACCUGGCCGCCAUGGAUGCCAACGGAUACUCAGAUCCCUUCGUCAAGCUUUGGCUGAAACCUGACAUGGGAAAAAAGGCCAAGCACAAGACACAGAUUAAGAAGAAAACGUUGAAUCCUGAAUUUAACGAGGAGUUCUUCUAUGACAUCAAACACAGCGACCUGGCCAAGAAAUCCCUGGACAUUUCCGUCUGGGAUUACGACAUCGGGAAAUCCAACGACUACAUCGGCGGUUGCCAGCUGGGAAUCACGGCCAAGGGCGAGCGCUUGAAACACUGGUACGAGUGCUUGAAGAACAAGGACAAGAAGAUCGAGCGCUGGCACACCCUGCAGAAUGAGAACCAUGUGGCCAGUGAUUAAAGGGAGCCUCUGCCCAGCCCUCCCUGCCCUCUGCCACACCCCUGUAGGUCCCUGAUGUCCCCAAAGUCCCCGAUGUCCCUGGUGUCCCGUCUUCCAGUGCAGCCAUGCCUUGCUACAGCCUCUGAUCCCAGGGUCCUCCUCCUCCUCCUCCAAACCCCCUCCACCGGAAACCCCCCCAGAUCUUUUCUAUUCUCCUUUAUUUAUUUUCAGGUGGGGGAGGGAGGCUGUUGAGUUCUCCUGGUGUGUAAUUUUGGCAAGCAAUAGUUCCCUCCUGACUGUUCCCCCCUCUCUCUCCGUUCCCGUCGCGUUUCUGACGCUCUGUGUCCCUCCAGCCUCCGCUCCUCGCGUCUCCCCAUGGAGGAGAUGGGAGUGCUGGGCUUGGGAGCAUCAGCCUGUCCUCGCUUGUGUGAUCUCAAUACCUCAGUUGCAAUAAGGAAAAAAGCUCCUUGGCUUUGGUGUGGGUGUCACCGUUCGCCUGGUGUCCGUGUCGUCGUGGUUAGGCCAAAAAAUCCGGUGUCACCGGAGUCAUCCUGCGAGUCCUGCUUGAGCUUCACCUCUGCUCUGGCCCACCUGAGCAAUGUUGUGGCACAUCCUUUGCUGAGAAGAUCCACCACCAACACCAUGACAGCGACAAGGAGGGUUUAGGGAGCUCUGUGCUCGCAGGGGAGCAGGUUUGGGUUGGUUUUUGUCCUUUCGCCCGAGGAAUUCGGGGGCUCUGCUGCUGUAGGGGCCCAGCUGUGUUUUAGGGCUGUGACUACCUCCUCCUCACCCCUGAGCUGUGUAGUGGUGACUGGCUGAGCCCUAAAGGGGUCCUAGGUCCCCUCAGACCCCUCCUGCUCCCAAGGAUUUUCGGUUCCUCAGGAGGGAAGCUGAGGGAGCUGCUGCUUCCCCCAAAACCCCUGAUGUGUACAAGGAUUUUUGCUUUAAACCACCACAGCUCCUGGAAUUAGCUGGAACAAUCUGAGAUCUUCCAAACUUGGGUUGUUUUGGUUUGGUUUCCUUUCGUUUUUCCCAGUUUUCUGCACAAGAACCCCUCAGCCUGCACUUUAGGGAUGGCCUGGAGCUGUUGGAUCUGGUCUGGACAGCAGGAGAGCACAGACUCUGCAGCUGCUGCUGUUGCUGGGCUCUGGAACAUUUCCCUGGCUCUGGAACACCCCAGGCCCUGUGGAUAGGAGCACACUAAGCACUAAUGGAAUAUAUGGAAUUUUCUUGUCACACUGAGCAUGGUGUGUGAAACCUCCCCCUGCACCCUCUGCUGCUGCUGCCCUCUCUUUGAGUUGGAUGAAUUCUGGUUUUCCUGGUAUUUUCUUUAUCUCCCCCCAGCCCCAGCAGAACUUGCUGAUGUGCCCUGAGUGUCCCCAGCCCUGGGUGACACAAACCCCAGCCUGGCACAGGUUUCCCCCCGUCCUUGGAUCUCCAGGUGGGAAAAGCCAACCCAACCCAUUCCAGAGGGUCCAGACAGAGCUGGGAAUCCUCUUCCAUCACCCCAAGUGAUGUGAUGGUGCUUGGGGUGGAAAGGAAGAGGAUACCUGGAAAUUUUCCUCUUUUUCAUGGAAUUUUUGUGCCAUUCGGUGGCAUCCCU